AUGGCCACCAACAGGCCAGGCCCCGCGUGGCGCCACCAACAAGCCAGGCCCCGCGUGGCGCCACCAACAGGCCAGGCCCCGCGUGGCGCCACCAACAGGCCAGGCUCCGCGUGGCGCCACCAACAGGCCAGGCCCCGCGUGGCGCCACCAACAGGCCAGGCCCCGCGUGGCGCCACCAACAGGCCAGGCCCCGCGUGGCGCCACCAACAGGCCAGGCUCCGCGAGGCGCCACCAACAGGCCAGGCUCCGCGAGGCGCCACCAACAGGCCAGGCUCCGCGAGGCGCCACCAACAAACCAGGCUCCGCGAGGCGCCACCAACAGGCCAGGCCCCGCGUGGCGCCACCAACAGGCCAGGCCCCGCGUGGCGCCACCAACAGGCCAGGCCCCGCGUGGCGCCACCAACAGGCCAGGCUCCACGUGGCGCCACCAACAGGCCAGGCUCCGCGUGGCGCCACCAAACGCCAGGCCCCGCGUGGCGCCACCAACAAGCCAGGCUCCGCGUGGCGCCACCAAACGCCAGGCCCCGCGUGGCGCCACCAACAAGCCAGGCUCCGCGUGGCGCCACCAACAAGCCAGGCUCCACGUGGCGCCACCAACAGGCCAGGCUCCACGUGGCGCCACCAACAAGCCAGGCCCCGCGUGGCGCCACCAACAAGCCAGGCUCCACGUGGCGCCACCAACAGGCCAGGCCCCGCGUGGCGCCACCAACAGGCCAGGCUCCACGUGGCGCCACCAACAAGCCAGGCCCCGCGUGGCGCCACCAACAAGCCAGGCUCCGCGAGGCGCCACCAACAGGCCAGGCUCCACGUGGCGCCACCAACAGGCCAGGCUCCGCGUGGCACCACCAACAGGCCAGGCCCCGCGUGGCGCCACCAACAGGCCAGGCCCCGCGUGGCGCCACCAACAGGCCAGGCUCCACGUGGCGCCACCAACAGGCCAGGCUCCACGUGGCGCCACCAACAGGCCAGGCUCCGCGUGGCGCCACCAACAGGCCAGGCCCCGCAUGGCGCCACCAACAAGCCAGGCCCCGCGUGGCGCCACCAACAGGCCAGGCUCCGCGCGGCGCCACCAACAAGCCAGGCCCCGCGUGGCGCCACCAACAAGCCAGGCUCCGCGAGGCGCCACCAACAGGCCAGGCUCCACGUGGCGCCACCAACAGGCCAGGCUCCACGUGGCGCCACCAACACGCCAGGCUCCACGUGGCGCCACCAACAGGCCAGGCUCCGCGUGGCGCCACCAACAGGCCAGGCUCCACGUGGCGCCACCAACAGGCCAGGCUCCGCGUGGCGCCACCAACAGGCCAGGCUCCACGUGGCGCCACCAACAAGCCAGGCCCCGCGUGGCGCCACCAACAGGCCAGGCUCCGCGUGGCGCCACCAACAGGCCAGGCUCCACGUGGCGCCACCAACAGGCCAGGCUCCACGUGGCGCCACCAACACGCCAGGCUCCACGUGGCGCCACCAACAGGCCAGGCCCCGCGUGGCGCCACCAACAGGCCAGGCUCCACGUGGCGCCACCAACACGCCAGGCUCCACGUGGCGCCACCAACACGCCAGGCUCCGCGCGGCGCCACCAACAAACCAGUCCCCGCGCGGCGCCACCAACAAACCAGUCCCCGCGCGGCGCCACACCGCACGUGGCGCCAUGUACGCAGGCUUCCACAGAAACCUCCCAUAAACAACAACACACUGAGCGUGCCAAGCCCACAGAAUAUAUUAUCCUUUCUGGUGCGUGGUCGGUGUUGA